UUGCGCGUGGAGCACAACACUGAGAGAGGUGCUUUCACUCUUCUCUCGUUCGCUCAUUCUAAGUAUUCGGCAAAGUUAUUCACACAGAUAGAUGUGACUAACUUCUUAACAGGCUUUCUUUCUGUAUUAUGUACAACUGAAUGUCUUUAUGAGGCGAAAGAUGUCUGAGUGAGGUGCUUUUACGCACGGGGCUGAAAUGGAUCACAGAAUCUCCAGAGGCAGCUGGGUGCCGGUCACUGGCCUGGUUAUAUGUCUGCUUCUGUGUGCGUGUGUAGUGGACUUGGUUCUUGCGCAAAUUCGAUACUCCAUCCCAGAAGAGCUGGAGCACGGAGCUUUUGUGGGCAACAUCGCCGAAGACCUGGGUUUGGAUGUGGCAAAGCUGUCAGCCCGUCGGUUUCGUAUCGUUUCUGGCGCAAAGAAACAGUACUUAGAAGUGAACUUGGAGAAUGGCAUUCUCUUCGUCAACGAAAAGAUAGACAGAGAGGAGCUUUGUGAACGAAGCCCAAACUGUUUUUUGCACUUACAAGUGGUAAUUGAAAACCCGUUAGAACUGUACAGAGUUGAAGUGGAGAUUUUAGAUGUAAAUGACAACUCCCCCAGUUUCCCGUGGAGCGAGUUUAAUCUUGACAUCACAGAGUCCGCCGCACCCGGCUCUCGUUUCCCGUUGGAGAGCGCACAGGACCAGGACGUUGGCACCAACUCUUUGCGCUCCUACCAGCUGAGCGCAAACGAGCACUUCGUACUGAAUAUCCAGACGCGCAAUGAUGGGAGCAAGUUUGCUGAGCUCGUGCUAGACACCCCACUGGACCGGGAACAGCAGAAAAAGCACGAAAUGGUUCUAACUGCUUACGACGGAGGGUCGCCGGAACGCUCCGGGACAGCGUUGAUAACUAUUACAGUUUUAGAUGCCAACGAUAACGUGCCGGUAUUUGACCGCGCAGUUUACCGCGCGAGCCUGGUGGAGAACGCACCGAGAGGGACGCUGGUGCUGAAACUGAACGCAACAGAUCUGGACGAGGGCUCGAACGGGGAGGUUACUUAUGCGUUCAGCGGACACGCACCGCUCAAGGUGCGUGAACUGUUCAGCGUGGACCCGUACAUGGGUGAAAUUCGAGUGAAGGGCAUUGUGGACUAUGAGAAAGCAAGUGUAUAUGAGCUGUAUGUGCAAGCAAAAGACAGGGGACCCUCGGCCGUGGCCGUACACGGUAAAGUGCUGGUAGACAUCCUGGAUGUAAAUGACAACGCGCCCGAAGUCAUCCUCACAUCAGUGUCCACUCCUGUUCAGGAAGACGCACCACCAGGUACGGUGAUAGCGGUUAUCAGUGUUAUGGACCGGGACUCGGGAGAGAACGGAAACGUUGACUGCCAAAUUCCAAACAACGUUCCCUUUCAGCUCCACUCAUCUUUUAAAAACUAUUACACUCUAGUGACAAGCGAGUUUCUGGACAGAGAAACGGUGUCCGAGUACAACAUCACCCUCACAGCGCGAGACCUGGGCUCCCCUUCUCUCUCCACCAGAAAGAACAUCCUCGUUCAAGUGUCUGACAUUAACGACAACCCCCCACGGUUCUCUCAACCUUCAUACACAGUUUAUGUGACUGAGAAUAAUGCCCCGGGCGCUUCCAUUUGCUCUGUAACUGCAUUCGACCCCGAUUCAAACCAGAACGCCUAUCUGUCUUAUUCUAUACUGGAGGGUCAGAUUCAGGGCAUGCCCGUGUCCACUUAUGUCUCAAUCAACUCUGACAACGGCAAUAUCUACGCACUGCGCUCCUUUGAUUAUGAACAAUUAAGAAACUUUCAGAUUCUGGUACAGGCACAGGACGCAGGCUUCCCCCCUCUCGCCAGUAAUGUCACAGUUAACGUCUUUGUCUUGGACCAGAACGACAACGCACCUGUUAUUGUAUCUCCGCUGCCUAAAAACGGUACCGUGGCCACAGAGGUGGUUCCGCGGUCAGUAGACGCUGGCUACCUGGUUACCAAAAUAACAGCAAUAGACGCAGACGCAGGACAGAACUCCCGGUUGUCUUAUCAGGUGUUACAGGCUACAGACCCGGGGCUGUUCAGUGUAGCUUUGUACACGGGCGAAAUCAGGACUAUUCGUCGAUUAGUAGAAAAAGACGCAACAAGACAGAGACUGGUAAUAUUAGUCAAGGACAAUGGGCAGCCACCGCUUUCCGCCACUGUCUCCAUUGUCCUCACAGUGGUAGACAGCGUGCCCGAAUCCCUGUCAGAUUUCGGGGACCUCACACUCAGCCCUCAGCCUCCCUCAAACCUCGCUCUCUACUUGAUCGUGUCACUGAGCACAAUAUCUUUAAUAUUCCUGGUGGCUAUCAUCGUGCUGGCUGCAGUAAAGUGCUACAAGGAUAGCGAGACUCUCAGCGGGUACAACCUGCCCCCCUUAUCCUGCUGCUGCUGCGGGGGGUUUCAGCCAGAGCCGCCCCCGGAGAUCUUCAAAAAAUCCAACCUCAACCUUCAGAUUUCAUCCGCCGCCAAAGUGCCCACGAACUGCAUGGAGGUGAAUGGAAAUAGCAGUCUCUCUCACUCAUAUUGUUAUAAAGUGUGUCUAACCCCCGAAUCAGCCAAAAGUGACUUUAUGUUUCUGAAGCCGUGCAGCCCGAGCAGCACACCGAGGAACAACGAAGCAAAGAGCGCAGAAAACUCGUGGAACGCGCAAAGCCGGAGCGCAUCUGUGAACAACGGAGCAACUACUCCCAGUGAGCUGAAGCAGCCAAAUACAGACUGGACUCUCACGAAGAACCAGAACUCCUCUAUCAAAAGUUACAAUUCUAUAAACAUGGAUGGCACCCUCAUGCGAAAAGCCAUGCAUGCAGACCCAGAAAACUAUGUCACCUCCAUGGCACCUGGACAGUACUGGACCUGGGGUACUCACAUGAGAGGCAUGAAAGAUUAUAAGAUGUCUCCUUCUCCCAGUGGGAUCCCUUCUCGCCCCUGGACUCCUCGGUGUACACCUCCUCCCCAACAGCAGCAGCCUUCCAUCCCCUCCCACCCACACCCACACCCACCACCUGACUACCACCACAAUGUGUACAUUCCUGGGACACCAUCAGGGUUUUGCACCCUGAGGCCCGCUGCACAGCGAAGUGACCUGGACGUCCACAAUUCUUUCUCUACUUUUGGCAAGAAGCGACGUCUCCAGAUGUCGCCCCAGGGAGAGGCUGCGAUCAUAAAUAAUGACCUGUACAAUGAUUGACUUUUCAAUAACUACCUGGAUGAUUAACAAGAUGGAUAACCUCAUAUGAAAACAGAGGUAGAGACCAUUCAGUUCAUAAAUUAAUGAAUAUAUGAUUUAUAAGUGGUAUGAAAACAGAAAGGGAAAGAGGAAUAAUGAAUGGACAAUCUGUUUUGGCUAAAAUGCAGGAGGAAAAUGAGGUCAGAUGGCUAUUCAUGUGACAUGCCACUGCAACAUUGUCAACAUAUGUGUCUGUUAUUAUUAUUAUUAUCAUUAUUAUUAUUAUUAUUUAGACAAUCAAACUGGAGCAGCAGUUACAUCCAAAAUGGUUUCUGAAAAGCAUUCGUGGACAAUAUUUUUGCACCUGAAUUUAUAUUUUUUGGUUAUAUGAAAACAAAAUGUGCUUUUCCUUUUCUAUCUUUGUUUGCUAACAGAGCUUGUGUGAGUAUGACAGUAUGUUAAUGUAUAUGCAACCUGCGCCAUGAAGCAGACUACUGUA